AUGAUACCUGCUUUUACAUUUGUCACGACGUCACUCACCGAACUCGUAGCUAUCCGAGCACGUACGUCAUCCAGCUACUUGCAGGUCCAAUGUGCAGUCAAUCGACUGUGCGCUCACUACGCUACUGUCGGGCUGCUACCACCUCUCGGAGAGAAUGGAUUACCUCCACCGCGAACGAUUGCAGUUUUGACGUCUACCGUGAUUGAUGAAUCGCUCCUGGAGAUUGCCCUUGCGAAGCUGGGGCUUAGCCCGCUGCUGUUCUCCGUCAACAAUUCAGUUCCUGCAAUUACACACUCAACGCACCUCAUAUACGGGUCGAAGUUUGUAAAUAAAGCACAUGAGGCGCGGAAGAUAUUGGUAGGGCAGGGUCAUAACGUGAAAAUCGUACCGGAUAAACGGUUUCCUCUGUGGGGACCGCACGGCGCAGAGAGAGCCAGCAUCAAGUCGUUUUCUGCGGUGCUGCAAGCAAGAGACGAACAAGAUCGAGUUGCAGUAAUUCUGCGUUCAUCUGGAUCAGUGCGUUGUUUCACGCAUCUAGUGAUGAUAGCAGAUGUUGCUGGCUUUGUGAGGAAGACCGUAUUCAGUGCUCUUCCCGUCUUCCACGGCUUUGGUCAUUACAACGUCAUAAAGGCAAUCACAGUUCCAUGUCCGCUUUUCUUUGCUGUUCACUACGUCAUCAAGCUCCUUGGAGAGACAGAAGCAGGAGUGAAUGCUCUUGCGGCCUUCGAAAGCAUCACUUUUCCGGGCUCCCGUGCCCCCAAUAUAAACGUUAUAUAUGGCACGGCUGAGACAGGCUCUCUAAUCAGAUCGACACGCGAUUUCAAGAAUGACAAGGCAUGGAACUGGCUGAGGCUACAGGGGCCUAUAGCGGAUUACUUGGUGAUGGAGGACCGCGGUUCAAACACGUUCGAGUCCGUUGUCGAAGAUGGCUUGCCUGCGAAGAUCCAAUCGCACCGCCCUGACGGAUCGUACGCGACGAACGAUUUCUUCUUGCGGCAUCCUGUGCACUCUAACUGGUACAAGUACAUUUGGCAGCUGGACGACAUGCUGGUACAGGUGCUGGGCGAAAAGACGAACUUAGUACCAAACGAGCUCUCCAUCCGUGGCAAUAGUCCUUAUGUGGGGGAGGCGAUCGCCUUUGGGGAAGGCAGGCUGCAGGUUGGGUGUCUGAUUCUUCCCUCAAAGCUCGGUAAAGACUUGGCGAAAACAUUCAUGGAGAAGGUUUGGCCCGGCAUCGAGGACGCAAAUGCUCAGGCUCCGACACAUUCAAGGAUCCUACCAGAGAUGGUAUAUAUAUCUUGGAGACAUUACGCUUUGCACAGCUAUGGAACCACAAUUCCGCAAGCCACAAAGAUGUCCAUCCUCCUGCCAGCGUGCUACGCAAAUCGUCUGCAGCGUGCUUCUCGACCGAAGUUGGACCUGCAAUACAGACUAAUCUUCAUCUCGAACGCAAUUGCUCAAGCGCUCGGAGCUGAUCUCUUCGCGUUCGGCGUUGACCCCCUUCAAGCCACACGGAUCCGUAACAUAUGCCAGAACGAGUUGGAACUGAAUGGUAGGACAUUUGGACAGAACGUGGUACACGAGAACCCAUCCGUUGAGAAGCUUGCUCAAUAUAUCAUUGCCAUAUGGUUUGACGGAGAUGCAGCCAAGUCUGAUGAAGAUCAACAUGCAACAAUGCUCGCUAUGACCGAGAGAUGGAGCGCGAGGCUUGACCUAUCACAGAAAGCAUCUCAGAAUGGCCAGGAGAUGCAGCUCGUCUUACUGCCACCUAUCUCGCGUGUCAUCUGUUUCUCUCGAGCAAAGUCGCAUGCCGAUUCUCUCGCUCGGCUGCAGAAAUCUCUUUCUAUUCGACGAUUAGCUCUGUUGUCGGAGGAAUGGACGAAAGUCGAAUCACUUGCCGCAAACGUGAAUGAGGACAGACUUGGCCUUUCGCCUGACGCAUUUUUGAAUCUGCUAUCCGAGGUGACUGAGGUGAUAAGCAAUGCCUGGCCGGUGAACUUCAAGAUGAGUCUCGUCCAUUGCUACUCGGCGGGGUCUACACAUCCUGUUUGCAACGAAAACUUUCCAUCAAUGCCAUUCACAGCGCUCGGAACCGGGUACGGGAGGAUCAAAUGGGUUGUAGAGAAGCUAUGCGAGCGCGCGGCGCAGGAUGCAUCAAUCAGCAUAGGCGUUCUCAGAGUUGGUCAACUGGUCGGCGAUACUGAGAAUCAUGUCUGGAACGAGACGGAAGCCUGGCCGCUCAUGUUCAAAUCAGUGAAGGCAACAGGAGUGCUGCCUCGACUAGAUGACUCGCGCAGCAUCAGCGUUGUACGCUAUCCCUCGCCACUAAUAGUCUGGCAUACAGAAGCUGCAAUGGCUCCCGAUGAACCCAGCUGGGAUACUGUCUUGGCAGGAUUGAAGCAAUCUGGCGUAGUGUUCGAAGCAAUGGAUCGCACUGAGUGGCUCGACCGCUUGGAGCAGUCAGAUACAGACGGCGAGCGUACCCCAGCCAUCAAGCUUUUGGUGAGAGAUUCUGUUCAAUCUUCUACGAGGACGAGGCAUGCUGAACACGAUUUUCGCAUCCAUAUUACCGCAACCGCUUUGGUAGCGCAAGCAAACGGGAGCCGGUGA